AUGGCAUCUCCCAGUUUGCCGCCCAUCUCGUCUCUUCCAACGGCCGACAUAGAUACCAUCACCUCCGUCCUCGACACACUCUUCGAACCAUCUCCCGAAAUACAUGCCAUUGCACUACCGCCCAUCCAACCAAAGCGAGUGCUUGCAAAUCCCGGUCUUUCGCCCGACCUCCUUCCACCACCGUCCGCCGCCCGCGCUACCGUCCCCGACGUUCCAUUCUCUUCGUACCAAGCUCUGAGCCGGCACGUGGGAACGCUCAUGCUGCAGCUGGCACAGUCACCAGCCCCCGAGUCGAGAGAGAGGCUGCGCAGCAUAUUGGGAUCACACCCGCGUCUCGGCGCGAAGAAGGUCGACAGCGCGCAGAGCCAAGCUGAGCAAGCACAGCUCAACACCGGCGGCGCCGACGAGGCCGAGAAGCUCAGAGCGUUGAACGAACAGUACGAGGCCAAGUUCCCGGGGUUGCGGUACGUCGUGUUCGUCAACGGUCGAAGCCGACCUGUCAUCAUGGAUGAUAUGCGGAGGCGCAUCGAUCGUGGCGAUCCCAAGGCUGAAGAGAUAGAAGCCGUCCAGGCCAUGGUUGACAUUGCCAUUGACCGCGCAACAAAGCUUGAGGCCGCUACGUAA